CUUGUUAUUGCUAGCUAUUGUGUUUACUAGGAAGCUCGUCAGUGGAGCAGUGAAGGUUUCUCAGCUCUCAGAGGACGAACACGGCGACAUGGAGCUUCAUCAGAGUAAACUGUAAAACUGUCAGGAUUUUAUUUAAAGAUAAUAAACAUGAAUAAAGGCUGGCUGGAGCUGGAGAGCGACCCGGGUCUCUUCACGCUGCUGGUGGAGGAUUUUGGUGUGAAGGGGGUUCAGGUGGAGGAGAUCUAUGACCUACAGAGUAAAUGCCAGAGUCCCGUGUACGGCUUCAUCUUCCUGUUUAAAUGGAUCGAGGAGCGUCGCUCCAGGAGGAAGGUGUCCACUCUGGUGGACGAGACCUCGGUUAUCGACGAUGACAUCGUUAACGACAUGUUCUUCGCUCACCAGCUGAUCCCAAACUCAUGUGCAACUCACGCCCUGCUGAGCGUGCUCCUGAACUGCAGUGGGGUGGAGCUGGGGAGCACGCUGAGCCGCAUGAAGGCCUUCACCAAGGGGUUCAGUCCAGAGAGUAAAGGCUACGCUAUCGGGAACGCUCCAGAGUUAGCGAAGGCACACAACAGUCACGCCAGGCCUGAGCCGCGGCACCUGCCCGAGAAACAGAACGGCAUCAGCGCGGUGAGGACGAUGGAGGCCUUCCACUUCGUCAGCUACGUCCCCAUUAAAGACCGACUGUUCGAGCUGGACGGCCUCAAAGCCUACCCCAUCGACCACGGUCCUUGGGGAGAGGAGGAGGAGUGGACAGACAAGGCUCGCAGGGUCAUUAUGGAGAGGAUCGGCCUGGCGACCGCAGGUGAGCCGUACCAUGACAUCCGCUUCAACCUGAUGGCCGUGGUUCCUGACCGCAGGGUGAAGUACGAGUCCAGGCUCGAGGUGCUCAAACGCAACCGGCAGAUCGUUCUGGAAGGCCUGCAGCAGGCCAUCAGGGCGUCACAAUCAGAGCCGUCACAGGAACGCAAGCAGCACGACUCGUCCGCCGAGGACACGCCCUCUGCUGUAAAAAAGGAGGAGGGCGCUGAUAGACCAAUAGCCCCACCUGCUCCGUCCAAAGACUCAGCGGAUGCAGCAGUCUCCGGCUCCUCAGAGAAACCCAAAGCCACAGUGAAACUCCCACCAGGGGGCGCCACCACCGGACCCAACCCCAUCGUCCAGCGCCUGCCCGCCUUCCUGGACAACCACAACUACGCCAAGUCCCCCAUGCAGGAGGAGGAGGACCUGGCUGCCGGUGUGGUUCGUACCCGCGCCCCUGCCCCCGCCCCCCCUCAGUCUCCCUACUCCGAUGACGAGGAUGACUAUGAGGAAGAAGAAGAGGAAAGAUUCCGCAAAAAAACAGGGGUCUGUGCACGGGGAGGCGUGUCCCGGAGCAGCGCCGGGGGCGGAGUCUCGAGCGUAGAGGGCCAGCUGGCUCUGAGCAUGCUCGCGGAGCGACUGAAAAAGGAGACGCAGAGAAAGGAGACGGCGGCGUCCGCGCAGCAGGCGCCCGGCUCCUCCGCCCUGAACGUGCGCACCGAGGGCCGGACCGGGGGCGUCAGCAUCACGCCCGCCUGCCAGCCCUCGCCCACGCCCAGCAACGAGAGCACCGACACGGCCUCGGAAAUCGGCAGCGCCUUCAACUCGCCGCUGAGAUCUCCCGCGCGCUCGCAGGCUGCCACUCGACCCUCCAGCCCCGUGGCCUGCCACCUGAGCCGCGUCCUGUUCGGGGACGAUGAAGUCCUGCUGAGACUCGACCCUCGACACAACCGCGCUGUCCGAGACCUCGGGGCGCUGAUCAGCUCCGCGCAGCUACAGCUCAGAGACGACGGAACCAUCUACACACUGCCAAGUACAGACGCGGUGUGCGACGUGGUGAAGAAGGCUGGAGGAGCGGACAGCAAGGAGACGAGCGAGAGGACGGAGGGAGGAGGCGCGGGGGGAGAGGGGGAGCCAGGGAAAGGAGGAUCGUCCCGGGAGCUGAAAAAGGAAAAGGGGAGGGAAGAGACGAGAGACGGAGAGACACAGAACUUCACCGAGCCAGAGGCGCUCGCCAAACCCCAGGGAGAGAAAUACACUCCUAAAGAGUUGUUGGCUCUGCUGAAGUGUGUGGAGGCCGAUAUCACCAACUACGAGGCGUAUCUGAAGGAGGAGGUGGAGAAACGGAAGAAGUACAAGAUCGAUGACCAGAGGAGGACACAUAACUAUGACGAGUUCAUCUGCACAUUCAUCUCCAUGCUGGCACAAGAAGGGAUGCUGGCGAGCCUGGUGGAGCAGAACAUUUCCGUUCGCAGGAGGCAGGGCGUGAGCAUCGGCCGCCUCCAUAAACAACGCAAGCCGGACCGGAGGAAGCGAUCGCGUCCAUACAAAGCCAAGCGGCAGUGAAGUGAUGCCCGGGACACACCGCGGAUAAAAACGCGAUGAGUAAUCAACUGUCAAGAACCUAGCGAGCAGAUCGAUAUGACUAGGACCUCACAGACCUCACGGCCUGGCUCGAAAACACACCGACGCAUCACACACAUGAGAGCUAGCCAAGUUAAUACUGAGGACUAAUCGCUAGUCAACACAUGUGAACCUAAAAAGACUAGCGCUGGAAUUUACUGAAGGUGAAAACUGAUCGUCAUCCUGUGAUUUAGUGCGAAUGGAGACCCUCGAGACAAUCGGAGAGGAUGCGGACACACACACACACAUAUAUAUAUAUAUAUAUAUAUACACACACAUGUGCGUGAACGGAUUAGCGCCAGUCAGCGUACCUGAAUUUCUAAAAACUAGCGCUGGUUAGUACUAGUCCUAGGGAACACGCUUGUAUAUAAAUUUUUCAUUUCCAUUUUUUGACACGCCAUACACACCAUUUGGAAAAACUCACACACACUUCAGUUUAAUAAUAAACAUUAGGUGCUUGCGGACGCUCUCUGGAAAACCGAAGAAGACUAGCGCUAGCGAACCCAAUAACAGCUACGGAUAACAGGACGAGGACGUGACAUAGACGUGGUGGACAGUUUGAAUAGUCUUCACUUGUUUUUUUUUUAUUAUUAUUUAAUUGCCGGACCAAUCAGUGUCAAAGUCUGGAGACUUUCGAUGAGACAAUUCUCAUCCGGAAUAGUCAGUGUUACUGGGGGGUUGGGGGGAGGAGAGGAGGGGGGUGAUGGUGUUUGGACCAAACUUCCAAAACUUUGUGUCGUUGCCUCAUUGCAAAAAAAACAGAAAGUGUAUGUGGGAUAUAUGUGUUUAUGUCUGUUUAUCUGUGCGAGUGAGUGAGUGGUUUUUGAAUGUAAUUUCUAGAUGUCCUCCUGUAUAAAAUAAACAUGUUACACUAUUAAAAACUGACCUUUUGUCCA